AUGACGGUCCCACCUCCCGCUCCAGAUUUCUGCACAAAAGUCACACCAGAAUGUCCCGUCGAGGGCACCAUCUACGGCUACUACCCAUCACUCGGAUGGAACACCGCAUACGUCAGCUUCUUCGGUCUCGCUCUAGUCAUUCACAUCAUCCUCGGCAUCCGCUACAAGACAUGGAGCUACUGCGUCGCAAUGUCACUGGGUUGUAUUGGAGAAGUAGUCGGCUACAUCGGACGGGUGAUGAUGUGGGACAAUCCGUUCUCUGAAGCAGGCUUCCAGAUGCAGAUUUGCUGUCUGAUAAUAGCCCCGGCAUUCAUAUCUGCAGCUAUAUACCUCACGCUCAAGCACAUCGUGUACAGCUUUGGGACAAGCUGGUCGAGGUUAAGGCCAACAUGGUAUACUUGGAUCUUUAUUGGCUGCGACCUACUUUCUCUGGUGCUGCAAGGUGCUGGAGGCGGUAUUGCUGCUACAGCCGAUUUUGGAACUGACCUGCAAGACAUUGGCACGGACAUCAUGCUUGCAGGUGUUAUAUGGCAGGUUAUGUGUCUUACAUUUUUCGGUUACUUCUUAGGCGAGUACCUGGUGCGCACUUAUCGCCAUCGCAAUGAGAUUGGAUGCGAUGGCAUCGAGCUUCUUCAUGAUCGAAAGUUCCAAUGCUUCGUGGGGGCGAUUAUCACGGCGUACGUCACUAUCCUUGCGCGUUGCGCUUAUCGCAUACCAGAGCUCUCAAGCGGAUGGAGGAGUGAGCUCAUGAGGGAAGAGGUGGAAUUCAUCGUUCUAGAAGGUGCUAUGAUUGUCGUCGCGGUGACCGCUUUGACUGUCUUCCAUCCCGGAUAUUGCUUCCCUGUGUUGGCCACUGGAAAGCGAUCAGAGGGUCCCAAGAGCAUGACGAAUGUCGAUGAAGGCAUCAGGCUGGAUAGCGUUACUUUGGUUGAAGACUAG